AGAGCGAAGCGACAUUGGGAACGGUAGGUAAUGGCUGCAUCAAAAUUAACCUUCAAUUUUCUUCUGCUCAAUUUCCUUGCCAGCCUUCGCAUCCCAGAAAUCUCCCUAUGUGAUCGCUCUAGACAGCCAAAAAGACAUGUUGCUAUGUUCAUAUUUGGAGAUUCAAUCUUUGAUGCUGGAAACGAUAACUAUAUCAAUCUCAGCGUUUCGGAUAGAGCAAAUUAUUGGCCAUAUGGAGAAACCUUCUUCCACUUUCCUACUGGGAGAUUCACCGAUGGCCGUCUCAUUGUUGACUUCAUCGCAACAAAGAUCGGUCAACCGUUCGUCCCCCCAUAUUUACAACCUGGUAUUAAUUUCACUAAUGGAGUAAAUUUCGCAAGUGGUGGAGCUGGUGUCUUUUAUGAAACUGAUCCUAAAGUGCAAGUGAUUAUUUACAUAUUGAGAUUCUUCGCUUUUUUUUUCAAUUGUCGGCAUUUGCAGGAAUUGUACAAUUUAGGUGCAAGGAAAUUUGCUAUUUUAAACAUAGGGCCAAGAGGUUGCCAACCAGCCGCAAGACAAAGCAAAGAACUCCGUGGUGAUGAAUGUGAUGAAGUAUCAUUAGAGAUGAUAAAGAAGCAUAACAUUGCUGCAUCUAAAGCCAUCAAGGAAUUGGAAAGCAAACUAUCAGGAUUCAAAUACUCAAUUGUAGACUUCUAUACCAUCCUUUUGGACAUGAUAAAGCACCCAAAGGAUUACGGCUUCAAGGAAUCAAGAUAUUCUUGUUGUGGCUAUGGAAUGUAUAACGCAGCACAUUGUGGAAUAAAGCCAUAUACACUAUGCAAAAAUCCAAGUGAGUAUCUAUUCUUUGAUGGAUGGCAUCCAACUGAGCAUGGUUAUCGGAUUCUGGCUGAUCUGUUUUGGAAUGGCAAACCAAGUAUCGCAGCCCCAUAUAACUUAAGACAACUAUUUGAUCUCGAAUCUACACCCAUCAUUUUAUCAGAAGAAUAUGAAGUUCCCCAUUAUGAAUAAUUUUCCUUCUGUUACUUUGUAACUUAAAUGUAUUAAGACAUUGGCAAGGUCCUCUUGCUCUUCUCUCGUAGCUAUGUCCUUAACUAGGACAGCUAUUUGUCAGCAAUGUGUUUGAUCUUAAGUGUUCUAUCCUAUUAUUAGUGGAAAUUGGAAAAUGUCUCAAAAUGAAGCAAAAUCCUUGUAUUUAUAGUCAAGCCAUUCUCCA